CUGCGCCCGCGGUACGCCACAGCGGGGCCCCAUCCUGACAGAGAGUGGCAGCCAAGAGACGAUUUUUGCCCUCCGUCUCCGAACUUCUCCAAUGUUUAACUUGGCGCUGCUGACGGCCCAGCGUAUCCGGGACGGGAGGGCAGGGAGGGAGGGACGGAGAGAGGGAGGGAGCCUGAAGAAAAAUCGCCCGCCGUUGUUGUUUUCUCCCUUUUACACACUGAUUUCCCUGGAAGCCAAAGGACCGGCAGGAGCUUCCCGCAAUGAAGACGGUACUGAAAUGCUUCUUAGGGCUUCUUGCACUUGGAGUUAUCAUUACAGCCAUAGUUGUUCCAGUAGUUUUGCUAACAAGGGAUGCAGAUUCCGAUACCCGCAGAAAAUUUUCUUUGGAGGAUUAUCUGAAUAAUGAUUUUCAGUACAAAUCAUACAAUGUGAGGUGGAUGUCAGGUCAUGAGUAUGUCUACACAAAUCAGAACAAUGUUUUUCUGUACAACAUUGAUGAUGGAAAAGAGUCUAUAAUCUUAUCAAAUAACACAUUAGAAAUUUGGAAUAAUUCUGUUGCAAUAUUGUCACCCGACAAAAAAUUUGCUCUUCUGCGAUACAGUUAUGAGAAGGUGUGGAGGCACUCAUACACAGCAUCAUACCAUAUCUAUGAUCUAAAUAACAGAACCAUAAUAACUGAGAAUCCACUUCCUACAACUAUCCAGUACAUAUCAUGGUCACCUGCCGGACACAAACUGGCUUAUGUUUACCGUAACAAUAUUUAUGUGAAAACAACACCAAAUGCCAAACCUGUUGAAAUCACAGAGAAUGGAGCCGAAAACAAAAUUUUAAAUGGAUUAGCAGACUGGGUAUAUGAAGAGGAAAUGUUUGGCACCCAUUCUGCUCUGUGGUGGUCUCCAAGUGGCAGGUUUUUGGCGUUUGCAGAGAUUAAUGACACCGAAGUUCCUCUUAUUGAGUAUUCGUUUUAUUCAGAAGAUACACUGCAAUAUCCAAAGACCAUUAAAAUCCCAUAUCCUAAGGCAGGUGCUACAAAUCCAACAAUAAGACUAUUUGUUGUGGAUAUUCUAGCCCUUCCUCAAAAAACUAUAUCGGAAAUUGUUGCACCAUCUAGUAUAAUAUCAGGGGAUCACUACUUGAGUGUUGUAACAUGGGUGACUGAUGAAAGAAUUUGUCUGCAGUGGCUUAGAAGGAUUCAAAACUUUUCUAUGCUCACCAUCUGUGACUACUCUAGCAAUGUGUGGCAGUGCCCAAAGAACAGGGAGCAUCCUGAAGAAAGUAAAACUGGCUGGGUUGGCAGAUUUCAGCCAUCAGAACCUUACUUUGCUUCUGAUAAAAUUAGCUACUACAAAAUUAUCAGUGAUUCACAAGGAUAUAAACAUAUUCACUACACUGAUAGCACAGGCAAUGUUAAACCUAUUACAAGUGGAAAAUGGGAAGUAAUCAGUAUAGCUGCUGUAACAAAUAACAGCCUAUACUUUAUUAGUAAUGAAUUUGAUGGUAGACCAGGAGGAAGACAUCUUUAUAAAGUGGACUUAAAACAUGACUUGAAAAAAAAAUGUAUCACUUGUGAUCCAAAUGAGGAAGCAUGUCAGUAUUUCUCUGUAUCCUUCAGCACAGAUGCAAGAUAUUAUAAACUAAAUUGUUACGGUCCUGGCCUGCCCUACUUCACCUUGCAAAACAGCGAAACAGACAAAGCUAUUAAGACCCUAGAAAAUAAUGAUAAUUUGAAAAAUGUAUUGAAAGAAAUUCAGAUGCCCAGCAAAAGACUGAGAAAUAUUACUCUGCAUGGACAAACAUACUGGUAUCAGAUGAUAUUGCCUCCAAAUUUCGAUGAGUCAAAAAAGUAUCCCUUGCUCAUUGAUGUAUAUGCAGGGCCUUGUAGUCAGAAAGCAGAUGCUGCCUUCCGGAUCAACUGGUCUACAUAUCUCGCAAGCUCUGAAGGGAUUAUUGUGGCUAGCUUCGAUGGUAGAGGAAGUGGCUUUCAAGGAGAUAAAAUUUUGCAUGCAAUAUACCGAAGACUGGGAACCUAUGAAGUUGAAGAUCAGAUCUCAGCAGCCAAGCUAUUUUCUGAAAUGAGGUUUGUUGAUAAGGACAGAAUGGCUAUUUGGGGCUGGUCUUAUGGAGGUUAUGUAACUUCCAUGGCCCUCGGAGCCGGAAGUGGUGUGUUCAAGUGCGGAAUAGCUGUGGCACCUGUCUCACGCUGGCAAUAUUAUGAUUCUAUAUAUACUGAACGCUACAUGGGUUUGCCUGAAAAAAAUGAUAACCUGUAUUUCUAUGAGAACUCUACAGUUAUGGCCAGAGCAGAAAACUUCCAAAUGGUUGACUAUCUUCUGAUCCAUGGAACAGCAGACGAUAACGUUCAUUUUCAACAAGCAGCCCAGAUUUCAAAAGCUCUGGUUGACGCACAGGUGGAUUUCCAAGCAAUGUGGUAUACAGAUAAAGAUCAUGGAAUCGAAGGACAUGCCCACAGCCAUAUUUACCAUCACAUGAGUCAUUUUAUCAAACGUUGUUUUAAACUGCCAUAAAGUUGGGAGUGCCUUAUCUAUGAGAAGCUGGUCAACUUCUGAAGUUUUAAGAGCGCUUUUCUAGUAAAUUGUCCCAUAUUUCAUUGGAUGACACAGUCAAUUUAAUUUGUGCGGACACUUGAAUGAAGAAAACAUGAUCCACUGAGCACAAGCCAAAGAACUGCAGAGCUCCCUAGUUCCUGCAGGAGCUGCUCCAAUCUUUUUUUUUUUCCCUCAAGAACUAUUUUUGCAUAAUAGUGUUUUUAAAAUGUUUUCUUGCAGUAAGCAACCAUUGCCUUGGGUGCAGAAAUCUGCCUUAAUCAUUUCUAUAUGGACCUGUUGUUCUUUUGAAACAAGGCAUAAUCCAGG